AAACCGUCACCGAAACCCGAAACCCGAAAUCCAGAACAUCUCUCUUUGCUCUCUCGUUCCAUCGUUCUCUAUCGUCUUCGUUCUCGGUCUCCCGAUGCUUCUGAGAUCGAAGCCGAUCCUUAGCUACGCCGCCCCGAUGAUGGCCUUCGCCCUCACCCUCCUCCUCCUCUCCCAUUUCCUCGAGUUCCCCUCCCUCUCCACCCCUCUCCCCGUCUCACCUGAUCGCACCACCACCCCCAACUCCCCCUUCUCCGAUCUCCUCUCCGCCUUCUCCCUCUGGGACUCCCAUGUUGGCUGCCCACGCUUUCGCAACCGCCUCGCCGCUUGGUCACCCAACGCAUCUGCUCUGCAGGCCGUUGACGCCCGCGAAUGCUCGGGGAUCGGGAUUUCGCAUGUCAGCGUGUUGGUCAAGGGUUGGACUUGGAUCCCUGACAAUCUCGAUAACUUGUAUUCAUGCCGCUGUGGGUUGACUUGUUUGUGGACCAAGUCUCCGGUGCUCGCUGAUAAGCCUGAUGCUCUGCUGUUCGAGAAUGUAAUGCCUCCUUCCACGAGACGAAAUGGUGAACCUCUCCGUGUUUACAUAGAUCUUGAAGCAAGCAGGAAACCAUCAGGAUUUGAGGACAUCUUCAUUGGUUAUCAUGCCAAAGAUGAUGUUCAAACUACUUAUGCUGGUUCAUUGUUCCGUAACAAUCGGAACUUCCACAUAUCCACUCAAAAAAGAAAUGACACUCUUGUCUAUUGGUCAUCUUCAAGGUGCCUUCCCCAAAGGAACAGUCUUGCGAAGCAGUUUCUCUCCCUUGUCCCUAGCCAUUCCUUCGGCAAGUGCCUGAACAAUGUCGGAGGUCUUGACAUUGCUCCAACCCUUUACCCGGAGUGCUCCAACAGUGACAACUCUGCUCCUCAUUGGUGGGAUCACCUACACUGUGCCAUGUCGCAUUACAAGUUUGUUCUUGCCAUUGAGAACACUAUGACUGAAAGUUACAUCACGGAGAAGCUUUACUAUGCAUUAGACUCCGGUUCUGUGCCUAUCUAUUUCGGAGCUCCAAAUGUAUGGGAUUUCGUUCCGCCAAAUUCCAUUAUAGAUGGGUCAAAGUUCAGUUCUCUCGAGGAGUUGGCUUCGUACGUCAAGCAGCUUGCAAAUGAUCCUGUUGCUUAUGCCGAAUACCAUGCUUGGAGAAGGUGUGGCGUCGUUGGCAACUAUGGCAAGGCCCGUGCCGCCAGCCUCGACACAUUGCCGUGCCGUUUAUGUGAAUUUGUGAGCCAAAAGGGUGGCAGGAGUGCAACUACAUUGUGAUGCAUGGUUCUUUUCUUUGGCUUUUCAUUCAUUUGGGGAGAGAGAUACUGUAUGUGCCAAAUUCACAGAGUUCAGUUUGUGUUUCUGCCCCCUCUUAUACGGAUGUGAUUAUCAGAUUCAAUCGAAAUGGAUUUUUAUGUAUUCUGUCCGUUUCAUCUGUUUUCUCUAAUUAGUCUUUUGAAUGAAGGACUAAACUUGAAACUCAACCAACCCAAUUCAAGGUAUUUGUAUACUGCAUGAGUACUUGAACCGAUUAGACGAAUUUGUUCUUUCCGUUUGUUUUCUCUA